AUGAAUACUUCAAUACACCCUGAAACUAGUUUAUUAGACAAUUUAAAGGUACCAGCAGCUGAAGACGACACAGCUUCGACAUUAGUUGAGCAUAUACAAGCAUUGAAAGUUGAUUCUGAAAAAGUAGAUCAAGUUAUUAUUGAAACUGAACCUCAAAAAAAAGCAAUUGAGGUUACUGUCAAAGCCCCAACAAAGGAUAAAAUUGGUCUAAAGUAUCUACCAGUACAAUACCAAAAAAGAGCACAACAAGAAGGUGGUCAUUUUGUUUUAAUGUUAGCUGGUUUUAAAUCAAGUGGUAAAACAACAUUUUUAAAUUCAUUAUUUGGUAAUCAAUUAAUUGAUCCUUUAGAAAAUCAAAAAAUUAUCAAUAAUUUGACAAUUAAUAAAUUCGAAAUCAUUGAAAAUCGAUUCAAAUUGAAACUACAAGUUGUUGAAACAUGCAAUUUUGGAACUUUAAUCAAGAAUGAAUUAUGUUGGCAAUCUGCAAGUGAUUACAUUACAAAACAACAUCAGAGAUUUUUAAAACAAUCUCAAAAAUUAUCAGAAAUUAAAAUUGAAGAUUCAAGAGUUCAUUGUUGCAUAUAUUUUAUUAAUCCUUUGAUUAACGAAAUUUUAGAAAUUGAUAUUAAAGCAAUGAAAGAGCUUGCGCCUAAAGUUAAUUUGAUUCCGGUUAUUGCAAAAGCAGAUUGUUUCACAGAACUGGAAAUGUUUGAAUAUAAGAAAUAUUUUAAGAGAAGAAUGGCCGAAGAAAAUAUCCAGUUUUGUCCUUUCAUGAAUAUUAUUGAACCAAAAUUGGUAAAAUCAAAAAUAUAUUCUAUUAUUCCUUUUAGUAUUGUUUCUUCAAUUGAUUUUUUUGAAAACUCACAAGGAAAACAAGUCAGAGGUAGGAAAUAUCCAUGGGGUGGUUUAAUUGAAAUUGAAAAUGAGGCUCAUUGUGAUUUCUUAAAACUUAAGAAGUUGUUGUUAGAUCAUCAUAUGCUAGAUUUCAUCAUGGCUACAGAUUUAUUAUACGAGCAAUAUAGAUUUUCAUACUUAAGUCUGAAACUACAAGAUAGUAUAAGGGAUGCAAAUAUGGAUCAAGAAAGACCAAACAUUAAAAAGUAUCUUACCGAAAAGGAUGAACAUUUAAGGGCUAUGAAAGCUAAUUUAUAUUCAGUUCAAGAUAAAUUAAAAAAAGAUUUGGAAAAUUUGAAAGCAAGAAAAAAGGAGCUACAAAAUUGUGUUGAUUAUCUUGAACAUCAUCUUAAGAAACACAAUGAAAAUGAAAAUGAAGAAAUUGAUUGA